AAUUGGGCUAAGAUGCGCCAGCAGCGGCAUCGCCACCAUGCCCCCUCCUUCUCCUUCUCCAUCUCCAUCUUGUUGUUCUGUUUCAAACCCAAAACCCAAAUCCUCGAACAAUGGAAACUGCAAGCAUUCUCCUUCCGCCACCGCCACUGCCACCCUCGACCUUCUGAUCCUUGUGUUGGUCCUCUUCUCCGGUGCUUUCCUUCUCUCCUCGUAUUUCUGGUACAUUUUCAACUCCCUGUCCCUCCUCCUCGCUCAAUCCCAAUUCCAAUUCCAUUUCCCGAUCUGUUCUUGCCUCUUAGGGUUCUUCAUCUUCUUCUUGGCCGCCUCCCUUCUUGUGUGCUGCGGGGGCCGAUCUCGCAAGUGCCGCGUCCCUGGUUGCAAGGGCCUCAAGAAAGCCAUGGAGUUCGAUUUGCAAUUGCAGACUGAAGAUAUUUUGAGGUCUGGUUGUGGUUCCGAUGAGAUUGAUAAGCUUCCAUGGAAGGGUGGGAGCGAGAGUAACCCUGAUUAUGAGUGCCUACGUUCUGAGCUCCGGAAGAUGGCUCCCACCAACGGCCGUGCCAUUUUGCUCUUCCGAGCACGCUGUGGUUGCCCCAUUGCCAAGCUCGAGGGUUGGGGUCUCAAGAAGGGAAAGCGCCACAUCAAGUCCCUACACAAUGCGAGUCUUAAUGGAAGAGGGGAUCAUCGCUAAUUGACUCUGGUGUUUACACCAUGGGCGUCUCAUUUAUAUCAUUACCAUCUCAAUGUUCACCUUUUACUGGAGGACUUCUGAUCAGAACCAUUUUUUAAAGGGAGAAAAAAUAUAAUCUGAUAUUAGCCAUCCUUCCUUAUAUGUCUGAAAUGUCUGAACUAUCUUGGGAGUCUCUGUCAACUUUGGAAGGAUCAUACAAAAUUUACUGCAAUAAAUAUUUGAUUCGUCGUUGACCCAUUUCAUUAGUUAUAUUUGUCCAAAAAUUGCUGGUUCUAUAG